AUCGGCGGUGGUCGGGGCGGCGCAGCCGGCAGGACCGUUCUUGUUGAGCCGUACUGCGCAUACCGGCCACUUGGAGCGGACCUCCGACAGCGAAGUGGUGCAGUCUUGUUUGCACUUUGAGCGUAGCGUGUCGCUGUGCUGCGUUGCAUCGGGUACCUGGAGCAGCCCUUCAUCAUGGCCAUGCUAUUCGAAGUGGAACACGGAAGGCAGUGGUAUAGAUAUGAUGACCCUGUGCAGCAGUGCUUCAUGAAGGCCAUUGAAGACGGUGAGGACAAGGUAGAGCUAAAGUCGGACUCUGCGGACCUGACCAUCGACCUUGUGAACAUGACGCAGGCCAGCUCAGCUGCCAAGCGAGCGGCCAGGAUCCGCUGUGUGAAGAAUGCCGGUUCAGACAGCUACAGUUGGAGUGGAAAAGAAAAGAGGACCGAAAAGUACUUGCCUAUGUCACACGUGCAGGCACUAGAGGAAGCUUUUGCCAAGAAAAGGGCGAAGGUCUCUCGCACGCCCGUGACAUUUGAUCUAAAGAACAUGAAGAUGAAGAAGAAAGGUUGUGACGACAUCGACUUACAACGGGUGAGCUGCGAGGGAAAGCCGUACGACGCCAAGCACAAACCCGUCUCUGGACUCAAGCCUGCCGCCUCAGCUAAUGGCGGCAACACCACACCCGCCGGCAAAGACGAUGGCUCGGCGAAGAAGGACUCUGCGCCGGCCGCGAAGGGGAAAAGGAAGGUGGACGCGGACAGCGAUGCGGCCGCCUCUUCGGCCGGUGACUCCGGCUCCGAAAUGAAGACGGUCCUCCUCAAGGGGCGCGCCCCGGUGGACAGCCAGUGCCCGGUAGCGGCGCGCUUCCAUGUCUACUGCGAGGGUGAUGAUAUCUGGGACUGCAUGCUCAACCAGACCAACAUCCAGAGCAACAACAACAAGUACUACCUCAUCCAGCUGCUGGAAAGCGACGACGGCCAUAGCUUCUCCGUGUGGAUGCGCUGGGGGCGAGUGGGCUACGGGGGACAAAACAGCCUGACCGAAGCCCAUGGCAACUUGGAUUCUGCGAAAAGCGUCUUCACUUGGAAGUUUCAGGAGAAGACAAGAAACGCAUGGUGCAACAGACAUGCUUUCAAAAAGGUACCCGGGAAAUAUGACUUGCUGAAGAUGGACUAUGGCGAGGAUGAGCCCGACGCCAAGAAGAUUAGAACAGAGGCCGCGAAAGCGAAGAAGGAGAUUGAACCCUGCAAGCUUGAAAAGCGUGUACAAGACCUGAUCGAGUUGAUAUGCAAUGUUAAAGUAAUGGAGGACGCUGUCGUGGAGAUGCAGUAUGAUGCCAAGAAAGCACCCUUGGGCAAGCUGACCGAGGAUCAGAUCAAGGCCGGCUACGAGGCGCUGAAGCGGAUUGACGAGCUCAUCAGCGCCAAGAAGACAGGCGCCGAGCUGGAGAAGGCGUGCAGUGCCUUCUAUACCCGCAUCCCGCACAACUUCGGGAUGCGUCCGCCGACGCUGAUCCGCACGGCGGAAGAGGUGCGACUGAAGCUGGACCUGCUUGAGGCGCUGGGAGACAUCCAGCUGGCGCUGAAGCUGAUGAGCGAAGAGGAAGAGAGCGGCACGCGCAGCCAUCCGGCCGACAACCACUACCGCGCGCUCGACUGCGAGAUCACCCACCUGGCGCCCAGCCACCCGCACCGCAAGCUGAUCAGCAAGUACUUGGCCACCACGCACGGCGCGACGCACUGCCACUACAAGCUGAAGUUACUGGACGUGUACGCGGUGAACAAGCCGUCGGAGGGGCCGCGCUUCCGCGACGUGGGCCAUCGCAUGCUGCUCUGGCACGGCAGCCGCAUGUCCAACUGGGCCGGCAUCCUGGGCGCCGGCCUCAAGAUCGCGCCGCCCGAGGCGCCCUCCACCGGCUACAUGUUCGGAAAGGGUAUUUACUUCGCGGACAUGGCUAGCAAGUCGGCAAACUACUGCCGAACGACGCGUCAAAACAAUCGUGGCAUUCUUCUCCUCAGUGAGGUCUCCUUGGGCAAGUGUAACGAGAAAGUGCAGGCGGACUACAGAGGCGACAAGCUGCCGGCCGGCAAGCACUCUGUCAAGGGACUGGGGACGGAAGCGCCUGCGCCCAAAACAUUCGUCACAAUGGAGGACGGGGUGGUGGUGCCGAUUGGACCGGCGCGGCCGGUGCCCGGCAACAACUGCCUGCAGUACAACGAGUACAUCGUGUACAACGUGGCGCAGGUGCGCAUGCGGUACGUUCUGCUGGUACAGUUCGAAUAUUAGCGAGCGGGCGGCCUGCGCCGCGCGCCACACACCGCUCGCCCCAGCAUUGUGCCGCGGCACGCGCAGCGGCGCGGAGAUCAGGGCUGGCAGCGGACUGACGUCUCGCCUUUAACGCACCGUAGUGGCAGUGUUGUGCAGUGCGGGUGGCGCAGGGAAGCGGGCCACGCUUAGCUGUGGAAUUGCGGUGUUUUCACGCUUGAAUCAACUGUAGCACUGUUGUGAUAGGAGGCGUAUUGUUUGCAUUUCGUGCAUUUUGCUCCUAGUGAUUUUGAUCGCUAUUGUCCCGGUCAUUCGGCGCCGGCUGGGCCGACCUGGUGAAGAAGUGUAACGUGUCUGAUCGUGGUUACCAUCAUAUGAGUAUUGUCCCGUCACAAAGCCCAUGAUGAACACAUUCUGCUCUAUCCAACUCUGCUCGCGUGCGGCCUGAUAGACGUGUUUGGUAGACGCCUUAAUAGACGCGUCGAUUAGACGCCUUGGCUCUA